CCUAUACUCACUUCCAUGCGGAAAGAACUUGGCGUAGAUGUCCUUGAAAGAGUCCUCGUGGACAACGCCCUCGGGACAUUCCUGCAACAGACACAAGUGGAUAGGUCAAUAGAGGAACAUGAGACUUCCGCAUACAGUGCCGACUGAAGCUUUCGAGGCUUUUAGAUGCUCCGAAGAGACAAUGCAGUUACCGGGCGAACUGGACCGGACGCUACGAGCUGAAGAUGACAAAUGGGAUACAGUAGGCAUACCCGAAGACCUCAAAAUUCAAGCGCUGCGCGUUAUUGCAGCCAAUUGGUGCAAAAAUCCGAUUUUGGAUGAGCUGCCAACGGGUGUCGAUCGGGAUUAUCUCAUUGAAAUUUUGCCCCUAGACAUCGAUUUCAAAUUCGUCUUCCGAAAAAUAAAGUACGAGCACUAUUGGCAAAGAGCCGCGGAAGCCAGGUGGAAGGUGAACGAUCCAAUGGAUCACGGAGACUCCUGGAGGCGACUUUACUGUGAGCGUCAUUUGUGGGAGUACCUGGAGAACCUGGAUCCGACCUACUUCGACUUGCUGCGCGAAGAGUGCGAGGAACUCCUCGAACUCGUACAUGAGCACGUACACGUCCUCAAGCUCCGACAACUUCAACCUGUCAAGUCUCUAGUUAUCAAGCACAUCAAUGAUGAUCAUAAAAAUCCAUCUCCAAUUUAUUUAAAUGAAGAAUUCCAUCACAUACCUAUGGAUUUAAUCUUACAAAAACUACCUAAUCUGCAGGAAAUUUACAUAAACAUCGGUGUAAUACAUUUGAAAGAUAACUUCGAUUUGAAAGACUUCGAAUUUUCCAUAGAUGACAGCUUGAAAAUCGGUCAAGGUGUAAAAGAGCUCAACAAUCUCAUCAAAUUUAGCCUUACUAGGAGUAAUUUGACUAGGCCAAGAGUGGGGGCGAUUCUCCGGGGACUCAUCGUCAAUAAUACUGAUGAUUCCUUGUGGCUUAAUAUCAUUUUAUCAUUCAUCCAGAUCCGCGAGAUUGAUUUCUCGCAUUGCAAAUUGGAAAACCAGGGCGCACUGGCUGUCAGUGCAUUUCUGAUUCAGCGGAAUACCAACAGUGAGCUUAUGAGUUUGAGCUUAAGCAAUAACAAAAUUGGAUCCGAAGGUCUAGCGGGUAUCGUACAUGGCCUCAUCCUCAGUGACACGAAUUUUAUGGGAAUUAGGAGGCUGGAUCUUAAAUUUAACCCUAUUGGCGACGAAGGAGCCGACCAUCUUGCUGCACUACUUUUGAGAUACGCCAAACUCGAGUACCUAAACAUCAGUUGCUGUGGCAUCGGCUCAGAUGGCGGAAUGAAAAUGGCCGAAGUUUUGGCCUCUGGCCAUACCCAGUUUACCAACCUCCAGUUCGACUGUACUAACAACGAAUUUGGAACGAUCGUUGGAGAAGCCUUCGUAGCAGCUGUAAAGUCUUGCACUGCAAUUACGGAAAUCGACUUAAGAAUUUGUGGCUUCAGUAACGAAUCUCAGAAUUCAAUAAUCCAGAGUGUUAAUAGAAAUCGAGCGAAGUUCAAGCGUGAGCAAAGACGACGUCAGACCAGUGUCCGCAAGGACAAAAAACGGAUAUUGAGUCUUUUGGUACCUUCGGAGUUUGCUACAUUCCAAACACCCUUCUCUGCACCAAUCAAAGGCUAUGAGAUCAAGGAUAAAUCCUCAUCAUGCCAUGAUAACGAAGAAGAAAUUAUGUAACGAUUAAGCCCUAUGAAAAUGACAAU